CCGUGCUUUUACACAUCUGCGUCAUCUGACCAAAUCUGUAGUGCUGCACGCGGGAGUCAUAAAUAGUCCUGAUUUGAUACAGGAACUUGUUUUUUCUCCUGACUUUUUGGGUUUACAGAGCAGGCAUUGAUCAGGUGAGGAAGUUAGGCUGAGCUCACACAGCACAGCGUUAGCAGCGAGUUUUGCCUCAGGCAGGUUCACGUUGUGUUUCACUUCCUCCUCAGGCAGGGGAGAUGUUGAGCUCCAAGCUGCUGACCCUGGUUCUGGUGGUGCAGCCGGGCAGGGUGCUGCUAGGCAUGAAGAAGAGGGGGUUCGGGGCCGGGAAGUGGAACGGUUUUGGGGGAAAGGUUCAACCUGGAGAAACUAUUGAAGAGGGUGCAAGGAGAGAGCUGCAAGAAGAAAGCGGUCUCACGGUGGACGCUCUCGAGAAGGUCGGAAACCUCAAGUUUGAAUUUGUUGGAGAAACGGAGCUGAUGGAUGUCCAUGUUUUCAGAGCUGACAGUUAUAAUGGAGAGCCAACAGAGUCAGAAGAAAUGCGGCCUCAGUGGUUUGAUAGUGACCAGAUUCCCUUCAGUGAAAUGUGGGCUGAUGACAUCCUGUGGUUCCCACUGAUGUUCCAGAAGAAGAAAUUCGUCGGAUACUUUAAGUUUCAGGGUCAUGAUGUGAUCCUCAGCCAGAAACUGGAGGAAGUGGAGGAACUGUGAGACAUCCUGUGUUUCUGAGGACAUUUAUGACUGUGACAACAAGAAUUGGGCUUCCAAAUGUCUUCUUUGAAACAGCAAGACUCUGAGGACUAAACCUCGCACAUGGAGUUUUACAUGUAACAUGUUACUGAUUUAUUUUUUCAAUGAUAAAUAAAAAACAAUCAAAGCAGAAGUAUAUUGACAGAAAUAUUCAUUCUGUUAUUUUAUUUUCAGUAUAAGUGAUUCAACACAAUUUAGCAAGGCUUUGUUUCAUAAAGUAUUUACAAUAUCUACAGGUAUAAUUCGAUUGGAUUUCAUAUUCUGUGCAAGUUAGUAAACCUGAUUCCUGAUACUUCUUUCCUGACAAAACAAAUGUUUCAUACUGUUUUAUAGUUAAUCAUAAAAUAAAAGUUUCUGUGAGGUAAGGUGA